AUGUCCGCUGGUAACCUCGCAACUGAUGCGACAGUGUACAGCGAGUAUACGCAGUCCGUCAUUCUUGAGAAAGACGAUGUUGUGGAGAUUAUUCUCAGUAACCAAGACUCGGGUACUCACCCCUUCCACUUGCACGGUUACGCAUUCCAACUCUUGGGUCGAUUCCCAUCGUACGGCGAAAACUUUUACGAUUACGAUGCCGGAACCGAAUUCGCCACAUUUGAUCCCUCCAACCACACCGAGUUACCCGUCUAUCCCGCAGCUCAUAAUACUUUCGUCCUUCCUCCCGGCGAUACUAUGUCAUCCGCUUCCUCGCUGACAACCCCGGCUCCUCGUGAGCUCCAAGAUAACCUCGUCAUUCCUGAUGAUCAUAUCAAGGUCUGCGAGGCUGUCGGCGUGCCAUACGAGGGCAAUGCCGCUGCCAACACGGAGGAUUACCUCAAUAUGAAGGGAGAGAACAAGCCCCCCGGAUUCAUCCCAGAGGGUUUCACUGCCCAUGGAAUUGUCGCUCUUGUUACGUGCCAGGUCAAUCAACAAGAAAGAGUGCAUUCAAACUAG